AAAUUAGCUACCUAUAUUUUUGUUUGUGGUAUCGCUGCUUGCAGCUAUAUUUUAGUGUGUUUUGUAUUGUUGAGGAGUCGUGUGUGUGUACAAUACAUUUCAUGUUAUGUUUACCUCUGUGUCUGGUGUUUGGAGGGCUAGUAUGGAUCCUAGUAGCGUCUACACAUGUGACAACGCCAAACCCUCAAGGAUGGGUGAUGUUUGUAUCAGUCUUCUGCUUUGUGAUGACCUUCCUCUGGCUCAUCAUCUUCGCCUGUGGAGGACACAAAAACAGCAGCGCCUGGGCUACAGCGGACUUUAUUUAUCACCUGAUUGCUGUUAUAUUCUAUCUGAGCGCAUCAGUGACCCUGGCCAUUGUGACUAUCGGCAUGAAUACAUUCAGUAUAGCAGCACCAUAUGACAAGUACUAUAAAAUCGACAUCGCAGCUGUGGUGUUCUCGUAUGUUGCCACAUUACUCUACUUCAUCCAUUGCAUCCUUUCUGCUGUGCGGUGGAAAUCCUUCUAAUCAAAUAAUCUCAGCAAAAAGAAAUCAGUUUGACACAAAUUCUUUAAUAAACUGAAAAUAAACACUGGAAAACCACUGGGGCUGAAAGAUGAAAUCUCAGGGGUCAGUCCUUAGUGCCCUCUACACAGAAUCACAAACCACAGCAAUCAUGAUGGAAUAAACCUGCUUAUUCUUUUCAUAUUAGAUUAUUCUAACCUCAUUACUUUUCUAAUGAUGAUGCAUUCUUAUAUUUGGGCGAAGGGAAACUUUUUUGAAAUGCUAUCUGUACUAGUACAAUGACACGUGGAUAAAGAAACAAUGUGGGUUUU